ACUGCCUCGUCCCGCUGCCGUAUAAAGCUCACAAGCUGGGUGUCCAAAUCUUCAUUGUACCUGCAUCAUCUACGUUACAAUGGCAGCCACUCUCGUCAGCUUUAUCCUCGCCCAAAGCAUCUAUGCUGCACCUAUCUCCCAACAUCCCCCACCCAACAGUACGGUUUUCUCCAUAAAUUACUCGGAUGCGUGUAACGAACUGCGCACCUGUCGGACUAUGUGGAGCAUGGUGUACGGCUGCCUCCUUACGAUAUUCGCCUGUGUUUGGACAGCAAUCCAUCCAGAUGUGCCUAAGCAAUAUUCAGCUUGGUCGCUUGGGGGUCGUAACGCUGGAAUGACGUUGAUUUCACCGGAGCUUGCUGUUGCGGGUGCAUGGGAAGACUUCUCCAAGGCUUGGAGAAUAUCAAAAAAGUGUGCUGAAAUUCAAGGAUGGACACUCACCCAUUCAUACUUUGUUCUUAUGGACGGCUUCGUCGACUCUUCCAAACAAGAAGUAGUGAAGCCAGAUGAAGAUGGAAAUGAAGAUCCUUGUACUCUCUUUGAAAAAUACCCCGGCAUAAUUGACAAGUCGGGAGAUCAUCGAAAGGCCGCAGUAACUAGGGAACAAAUCCUCGACAGAAGUAAAGGCAACUUUUUUGCAAAGUUCGUUGUCGUCCUCCAGUUACUGUGGUUCACCACUCAGUAUGUUGGACGGUGUGCAAGUCAUCUACCCAGGUCACAACUGGAAGCGAUGACUCUUGCUUAUGCGGCACUUAGCAUCCUUGUUUAUGCUUUGUGGUGGUAUAAACCGCUGGAUGUCCAUUUCCCAAUCCAUGUGACAGAAGAGACUCGUCCCAAUCCCCCAAAUUCCGAUGCCGUCACUGAUCCAAUACUACCUAAAACGGAGAACGCGUCAAAUCCGACUUCCCCUCCAGCAGAGACCAUUGAGGCAACUUCCUUAUGGAUAUUUCUUGUCACUGGUAUCCUUUUUGGUGGGGUUCAUUGCUUUGCGUGGUCAUUUCCAUUUCCAACACGUGCGGAGAAACUUUUGUGGCGCAUUUCUGCGAUAAUUAUUACUGUGAGCCCCGGCCCAGUCGCAUGGGUCAUUGAAAGACGGGGGAACAUUAUGGUUGCAUUGUCUGGGGCUCUCUCCAUGCUUAUUUAUCCUGUUGCUCGGAUUAUCCUGUUCACUCUCACAUUUACGUCUUUGCGAUCUCCACCCCCCGCCCUUUACCGAACUACAUCCUGGACGUCUUUCCUUCCCCACUUAGGAUAACAUAACUGUAGACACAUA